AUGGCACAUCCAGUACAACUGUCGACCUCGCGCGACACGCCGAACCCUCUACGACCUUACUACCGUCCCCCCUCGAUCGGCCUGCCGCCUGCAGACGUGAACGCGACAAGCUCCACGCCUGGUCCAUCCAGCAGCCUGGGCACUUCAGCUCGCCAUGUCUUUGACGACCUCGACUAUUCCUCAUUCCUGAACGAUGGCGACUCGGCUUCCGUCGCCGACAUGGGCCGCAAGGUCCUCGAUCAAGCCUUGUGGAAAUACACCUCGGUCCUUCUCGCACAGCCCUUUGAUGUUGCAAAGACGAUUCUACAAGUCCGCCUGGCUACUCAGCUCGAUGCCGAAUCCACCUUGAGACGAAGAACCUCUGCCCGCUUUGCUGUCGACCAGUACCCCCCGAGCGAUGAUGAGUCGGACCCCGAUGAGCCCAGCUACUUUACUCCCACCAAGCCCACAAGAGCGGCCGAGUCUGAUAGAUCUCGUUCUCGUCGUCCUCGUACCCCGCCCUCACGUUCGUCCAGAGACCAGUCGCCUGCUCCACAUGUCUUGCAGCUACGAAGACCAGACUCGGUCAUGGAGGCCCUAUCCCAGCUAUGGCAGCAAGCUGGUGCUGCUGCUAUGUGGAAGGCUACUAAUGCCACCUUCAUCUACAACGUUCUGCUCAAGGCUGUCGAGGGCUGGACCCGGAACCUGCUGUCUGCUCUGUUUGAUCUGCCUGACCCUUCGUCUUUGGCUUCUGUUCCCGCAGAGGUCGUUGCUGGUGCAAUGGGUGGUCUUGAUCUUGCAGACAGUCCCUCACCCCUGGCCUCUUUAGGCAUUGCAGUUGCUGCCUCGGCCAUUGCUGGUCUCCUUCUUGCUCCUCUUGAUCUUGUCCGCACGAGACUUAUCCUUACACCAACCAAUUCACAACCGCGUGCAAUUCUACCAAACCUCCGCCUCCUGCCGAGUCUCACAGUUCCUACCUCAAUCUUCCCCAUCACACUCCUUCACUCUACGCUUCCUACUCUUUUGAGCACCAGCACUCCGCUCGUCCUUCGCCAAUACUUCCGCAUCGAUCCACUCUCAACACCAGCCACCUACUCUCUUGCCACUUUCCUUACUUCAACUACCGAGCUCUUCCUCAAGCUUCCUCUCGAAACCGUCCUUCGUCGCGCCCAAAUAUCUCACCUCAAGUCUUCUCACAAACACGCAUACAACAAAGCUGCGAUGAAUUCAUUCCGCGGUAGCAAGUCUGUCAGCAGCCCAGAAAUGGACACAAUCGUUCCUGUCGGCCCCUACAAGGGCGUGUUUGGUACUGCUUGGAGCAUCAUGAAGGAGGAAGGCAUUCGCGAGCAACCCCCACAGAGCCGCAUGAGUACUCCCGCUAGACCUGGUCUGAUACCGCAAAGGAGAGAGAAGAAAGGACAGGGUAUUGGUGGUCUGUGGAGGGGAUGGAGAGUUGGCAUGUGGGGUCUGGUUGGUGUUUGGGGUGCUUCUGCCCUUGGAGGUGGUGGCAGAACUGGCGGUGAAUUCUAG